AUGACACGUCUCCUACCAGCUAUUCCAUCUCGUCACUCACUAGACGCCAUUAACAAUUCUUCGGACAAUGCAGUCACUGGACUUCACCAAACGGGUGUAUAUUCCACACACACAAGAUUCUUGGACGACGAUGAUAGUCCAACUGAGAACGAAGCUCAUCAGCUCCGUGUCCAAAUCACUCGCUGUCCUGUCGAAGCAGGCAAUCGAUUCGGUCACCUCAAUGAACUGUCCAAGUUUAACAAUCUUUGGACUAAAAAGGCAUGGACGUCGGAACUGUUGACUCUUCGAAAUCGUCAAGAGAUCGAAUCUAUCCCGACUUCGCGAAUUCAUAUCACAGAAAAAACGCGGAAAACACAAUUCAAGUUCAACGCCCUUCCUGUUGAAAUCCGAGAAAUGAUAUAUGAAUAUACUCUUCUCAGACCUCUUGAGAAGAAGAAGAAAUCCGCAUCUAAGGCGCCUGUAUUCCUCAGAGCCCUAAAGAUAUACGGCGCGCAGAGUCUUUAUCUCGAAGCGAAGACUACCUUCCAUUCCAUCAAUCAAUUCACAUACAAUAUUGUAAAAACUCUUAAGUUUGCAGAUCCUGAAGUAUGUUGGAUGUUUCGAGAUUUACUUUUGAUUAUACCUACCACCUUCACCCCAUUAUCACAGAUUCCAACCCAGAUGUCUAUUCUUUAUUCUUCUCUCCGUCAUUUAACACUUCGUAAGAUGUUCUCCUAUGAACACGGCGGAUUCGAAACGUUUCUCACACACUCAUUGCCGAAAUUCGAAAGAUUGAUCAGCGUGAAAGUCGAAUGCGAGUAUGGGAAAUUUCUCACUACAUCAUUUGUUCAAAAUCAGGAUAGAUGGAUAUCUCUAUUGAACAAAAUGAUCACGGGGGAGAAUGGAGAGUUUGUACAAGGUAUACAGAUGGAAGAGAAGGAACCCAGUGGCAACGCACCGAGUGCUCCUACUUGGGUUUGGACAGUUGAAAAUGGCAACUCGGGAGAAAUUAGAACGAUGGAUGGUAUGAAAAGAGAAAUAACCUUGGUUAUUAAGCAAAGAGUCUCUCAUGUCAAAUUUUAG